AUGCACCUCCGGUUUAUGCUCUCGUCCACCGGUAUCGCAGGACUCCUACUUCUACAUCCCAACCCCACAACAGCCACCCAAACAGACCUCUCCCAGUAUGUGAACGCCCUAAUGGGCUCCGAAGGCCCGGGGCCAGGCACAGGAUUUGGCGGCGGUGAUAUCUUCGUGGGUGGUGCGCUGCCGUUUGGCGUGGCUAAAGUCGGUAUUGAUUCUACUGCCGCGAACUGGAGUACUGCUGUUCUUAAUGGUGGUUGGACGCCCGAUGGGAAUGUUACUGGUAUUAGUAUGAUGCAUGAGAGUGGUACUGGCGGGUCGCCUAAGUAUGGGUUGAUCUCACAGAUGCCUUUGACUUCUGUUGAUACGCCGGUCAAUGUGCUUGAUAAUUUGACGUAUAGCCAGCCGAGGGUAGGCAGCGAUACUGCGAAGGUUGGCUACUACAAGACAAAUUUGCAGAAUGGAAUCACUGUGGAGCUUUCUGCAUCUCGGCAUGCUGGCAUCAUGGAGUACUCGUUCCCGGAGGGCGAGAAGCAUGUGUUGAUUGAUGUAUCUCAUUAUCUACCUGGCUCUCCUGGCGAUGCAAACGGCCAAAUUUUCGCAGGAGGCGAGAUCCAGAUUGAAGCCAAUGGCAAAGCAUAUAGAGCUCCAUUUACUGUCUACUUCUAUGGGGAAUUCUCUACUCCUCCAGACAAGUCGCAGACAUUUUCUGGCGUAAACACUGAUCCCAUGCCCCGAUACCAGAAUCUGGCCAACGGCGGAAUAAGCGAACCAACAUUCAAAAACACAUCCAAAAAAGUAACGUCUGGACCAAUGAACAACCGCAUUGGUUUGCUACUCAGCUGGAAAGAUGGAUCUGCUUCGCAUAUUACCUCGCGGGUUGGUAUCUCAUCUAUCUCCAUCGACCGUGCCCGUUCCUACAUCCAAAAAGAGAUCCCAUCAUGGAAAUUGAAUGACACAGUUGCUUCUGCGGUCAAGGAAUGGAACACAGAUGUUUUCAACAAGAUCCAGGUUCCGCUCGAUGACUCUGCCAAUAUGACCCAUGUUAGGCUGCUGUACAGCUCGUUGUAUUUUAUCCAUCUGAUGCCAUCGGACCGAACUGGAGAGAAUCCCCUGUGGGACUCUGAAGAGCCUUAUUGGGACGACUUCUAUACAAUGUGGGACAUUUUCCGCUGCACAGUCAGCUUCUAUCACAUCUUCCAGCCGGAAUACUACGAGUCCAUGAUUCGAGGAUUGAUUGAUAUUUGGAAACACGCAGGAUUCCUUCCAGACGGCCGCUCCGGAAACUGGAACGGACUUGUCCAAGGAGGUUCCGACGCAGACAACGUGCUAGCCGAUGCAUACGUCAAAGGCAUGCGAGGCGCAAUCAACUGGACCGAAGGUUAUGCGGCCAUGAAAAAGGACGCAGAAGUCACACCCUACAACACCUUCGACCCAACAGAUAUGACAGCAAGCACAAAAGAAGGCCGUGGUGCUUUGGAUGACUGGAAGGAAUUGGGGUAUGUAUCGCAGGACAGGAACACGCGGUGUAUCUCGCGCACAGUUGAAUAUAGUUUGAAUGAUUUUGCAGUCAGCCAGGUUGCUGCUGGGGAAAUGCCCGGUGACCAGGAAAAGUAUCUUAAUCGAUCGGCUGGGUGGCAGAAUAUUUGGAAUCCGGAUGUGAGGAGUUUGGAUUUCACAGGGUUUAUGGCGCCACGCUUCUCGAAUGGGUCGUUUAAUGAUAGUGGGUAUGAUCCGUUGGUGUGCUAUGGGUGUGAAUGGCAGGAUUAUACGUAUGAGGCGAUUCCGUGGGGUGAGGUAAUAAUCUCUUGGUAUUUACUAGAGCUGACUUUUGGGCUUGCAGAAUACUCCUUUGUGAUUCCCCAUGACGUGAAAACCCUCAUUGAGUUCAUGGGAGGGGAGGAGACAUUCGAGUCUCGACUUGAUUUGAUGUUCAAACCAAACAUGUCUGUUCAAAACCUCGGCGCAAAUGGCGCAGCCAUAACCACGCUGAUCAACAUUGGCAACGAACCCGAUUUUGCCACGCCAUAUCUAUACAACUACAUCAACAAGCAAGCCAAGAGUGUGAAUCAAUCACGCAGUCUAGCCAAUCAAUAUUUCAAGGAUACAGCCUACGGAAUCCCCGGAAACAGCGACGCUGGCGCAAUGAACUCCUGGCUCUUAUGGCAGAUGUUGGGUGUCUACCCAAUCGUCACGCAGCCUGUCUAUCUACUCUCGUCGCCCUGGUUCCCUGAUCUCAAUAUGACAAUUAAUGGAAAUAAGACGCUCCGGAUCUCUGCUAGUGGUCUUGAGAAUGGGUAUUAUGUGCAGAGCGUUAAGAUCAAUGGUAAGCAGUGGGGAAAAAAUUGGUUCGAACACGAUGAUGUUAUGACGAAUGGUGGCACGAUCGAGUUUGAUCUUGGGGCGGAUGCGAAGGCGUGGGAGAUUGGGGAUGUGCCGCCUUCUCCGGGACAUGUGCAGUUGAACAAGGAGUAG